GUUUAUACUUUCAACGACACAAUAAUCUCAUAGGUAAAAUCCAAUAUGGCCGUGAAGGGAGAGGAAUGCUAGCACAACUCACCCUUCAGAAGACAAAUAUUACUUCCCAGUGGUAUUAUUUGAAUAUGGUAAAGUAAAGUCGUGAGUCGCAAUGUGGCUGCCAUUUCACAUAGUCUGUUUAAGAAGCCAGGCAGUUUGCAGAAUACGCUUUGCUGCUGCUCUUUUCAAAUGUUCAAGGCACAAGGAUAACGGUAACGUUACUGCUAACGUUUCUCUCUUCAGUCAUUCAGCUGGACUUAAAGCACAGCCAUGCAAGGCUCUUCUGUUCCGAAAACAUGGAAACCCUUCUCAAGUCGUUCAGUUGGAAGAUGUAGAUCUACCACCCAUGGGUGCGAAGGAUGUCCUGGUUAAAAUGCUGGCAGCUCCAAUCAACCCAUCUGACAUUAACAUGAUUCAAGGUACUUAUGCUAUCCUGCCCGACCUCCCGGCAGUUGGAGGCAACGAAGGAGUGGCCCAGGUCGUAGAGGUGGGUUGCCAGGUGAAGUUCCUCAAAACAGGAGACUGGGUCAUUCCAAAAGAUGCUGGUCUAGGGACGUGGAGGACAGAGGCUGUUCUAGCAGAGGACGAUGUCAUCUCGCUGUCGAAUGACAUUCCCUUGUUGUCUGCUGCCACACUGGGGGUGAAUCCUUGCACUGCCUUCAGGAUGCUCUCUGACUUUGAAGAUCUUAAGCCAGGGGAUUCUGUGAUCCAGAAUGCAGCCAACAGUGGAGUUGGGCAGGCUGUCAUACAGAUCGCUGCUGCGAGGGGAAUAAACACUAUCAACAUCGUCAGAGACAGGCCAGAGUUCACACAGCUCAGUGAUAGGUUGAAGGCCAUGGGAGGAACUCAUGUGAUCAAAGAAGAGGCACUGAGGCGGCCUGAGAUGAAGGAACUGUUCAAGACCUGUCCAAAGCCUAAACUGGCACUGAAUGGAGUUGGAGGCAAGAGCGCAACAGAACUGCUACGUCAUCUACAGUUUGGAGGAUCCAUGGUGACAUAUGGAGGGAUGGCCAAACAGCCAGUUACUGUCCCUGUGAGUGCUCUUAUUUUCAAGAAUGUGAAGGUUCGGGGAUUUUGGGUCACACAGUGGAAGAGAGAUCACUCAAGCGAUGGAAGGGCAUUCAGAGCCAUGCUGGAUGAACUGUGCCACCUCAUUCAGCAGGGAAAGCUGACAGCUCCUGCCUGCACUGAGGUGGGCUUCCGCAACUACAACAAAGCUCUGGACACAGCUAUGCUGCCUUUCACCUCAGCUAAACAGGUCCUGAUCAUGUGAACAGACUCCUCACCUUAUCGAUACACCGUCAUCACCAAAGUGUAUGAACUGAAUUGUAACCCCAGGACUGCCACAUUAUUGUUUAUGUGUCAAUCAAAUACUCUGCUCAAGCACAUACUCAAUAAAUGUGUCUUCACAGCAGGUGCUAAGUCCAGCAUCUAAUAAUUAAUUACUUAGUUAAUUAAUUCAUUCAUUACAAUUAUAAAGCGCUUUAUCAUAGACACUCAAAGCGUUUCGGGAAGGGGCUACUCUCUAACACCACCAAUAUGUAGCACCCACCUGGGUGAUGCUAACCAUUGGGCUACCGUACUGCUAAUCAAUUUAAUUAAAUUAAAUACUCAUUAAAUCUUUAUAUAGUGAUAUGGGAUAACCGGAAGCAUUAUAGAACCCAGAAAAUGCAGCUUUAUAUGAUAUGUUUCGUAACAACUUGAAUUGUUAAAUUUUAUAGGCAUGAGUAAGUGCAAUGUGAUAUUAACAGAUUUACAGUUGUGAUAAUACUGAUACUCACGGUAUGUUGAUUUUUGCUGCUAAAAUAACAUUCAACCAA